ACAAAAAUCUGUUGCCUUGCCCAACCUUUUGGGAAGGAAGGAAAAGGAUGCCUUCGGGCGGAAAGGAACCUGGAAAAGGAUUCUACUGAAAGUUAGCCAUUCAAAAAACAGAAAAUCAUUACAAAAAGAAAACUUAAUAAAUUUAAAAAUAUACUAAACCUGUACUUUUUAACGACACAACGCUUGUAGCAACUAGUUUACUAAUAAUUCACUAUUGCUAACGAGGAAACAACCACUCUAUCACAAGAUGCCACCAGUAUCAUUUCUUCCAUCUCAUGUUUACCGAGAAGCACAGCAGAAUAAAAUGCAAGGAAAAGCAGGACGGAUUGUUGUUUCAUGGAAUCAAUUUGCUAGAAACUUAAAGGAAGCUUUUCAUUUAUACACUUCAGAAAAACAGGCUGAAAUCUACUCAUUUCUGGAUGAAAUACCUCGAAAAAUCAAAAAGAAUCUUCCAUUACGUCCGUUACUGUUAUCGGCCGCACCUUUUUUAAUAUACUUAAUAGUUUAUUCAAAUUACAAGUUUAUUCGUGCAAUUACUGGACUUGACGAACUUCGAAAACCUAGCUAUACAUUUCUUCCAUGGUUGGAGUAUAUGGUUUUUCAUUUCUAUCCACACAGAUUUUUGUCAAAAUUUGCAACACCUAUACUGGACUUCUUGGCGGCAGUACCGUAUUUAAUUCAUUUUCCACUGCCGGCUUUAUUUUUAAUUUAUUUACUAUCAGGAGAAAACAGAAGAAAGCAUAUAUUUUCUUUUUUGUGGUGUGCUGGUUGGGUGAAUUUGGUAGCUGUGUUUAUCCAAUUUGUGUUCCCAACUGCUCCACCAUGGUUUGUAGAUAGCGCUGUGUUUGAUAAUGAAGGCAAUUUUCUUAAAUCAGGAGCAAAUGAGGCAGGAUUUCACCGUUUGGAUGCACUACUUGGUCAUAGUUUUUUCCAUGGAAUAUAUGCUGCUUCACCAUUAAAGUUUGGAGCUUUUCCGUCAUUACAUGUGGCUUGGCCUGCUAUAAUUCUUGUCAAUCAACCUUGGAUAAGUAAAAAAUUUGCAUGGUUUCAUGUAAUAUGGAUAGCCUGGGCUGCAUUGUAUUCGAAUCAUCAUUAUGGUGUUGAUGCUCUGGGUGGUAUUCUGUUAGUCUUUAUUGUAAACUUAUCAAUGAUUAAAAUUUGGAGUCCGUUUCAUUCAUCAAGUCAACUUAAAACAUUAUUUAUGAGAUGGUUUGCGUUGAAAAAACCUGUAGACAUUGGUACAAUCAGAGAAAUGUAAUUUUGACUAAAGCAUGCACUUAAAUGAAAUUAUCAAGAGAAUUUAUUUUUAUAACUAUUUACUAUUUAUAGAUAUAUCUUUUCUUGAUCCACGGGAAACUAGAUAGAUCUUUGCUGUGAUUAUGAAAUAUUCUCUCUUCGCAGCUACAAGACUAAUUUGGGGUUAUUUGUAGAAACAAGAAUUUAUCUGUAAGAAAGUCUUAUUUUUAAUAGGUACGUUUUUCUUUCAACUCUCUCUCUACUUGCGCGUAAAAUGUUAUAUCGGUAUUUGAUCUAGCGAAAUUAUUUAUUUUAAAUCUAAGCCUUUUGUACAAUUUUCAUGUAGGAUAUAUAGAUGACACGGGAAAAUCGCCAGUCUAGUUUUUUUUUAAUUUUCUUAAAAUGGUGUUUGAAAGCCAUCUUUGGUUGGGUUGCUGGGUUACUGGUGUGGUUUAUUUCGUUUUUAAAGGAAUAGAUAGAUUGUCUAUAUUCCACUCUUCGCA